UGGAGAAAGAGGACAGUUCCGACGUUGUUGUAUGAGGAAUGAUAAAAAAAUGAACCUUUCUUACGUGAGGUCGGGUGAGGUUGCAGUUGAAACUGUUACGUUUUUGGGUCCAUUAAAGUCCUGGAAUGUUUUGGAUGACAUUGUGAUGGCAGCACAGCAUCAGAGCGCGUGAGUUUUAGCUGCAGCAUCCGCAUCCGUACACGAGCUGAGCUCUGCUGUCAUCACGAACCGAACCGAGCCGAGCAGAAUCAGGAUACAGCGAGACGACAGGAAGGGCUGUAUUCAUACAAACCACCGCCAGAAUGAGCAGCUUGUGGAUACACACGAUCUUCCUGCCGGGAUUCUUUAUGCUCUUCGUGUUUGAAGGACUCCCGGUGAUCAGCGUGGACAGUCAGAAAUCCACCGACAACAUCACCAUCAGACAGGGAGACACAGCCGUGAUCCGGUGUUAUGUGGAUGAUAAGGUGUCUAAGGUGGCCUGGUUAAACCGCUCUAACAUCAUCUUCGCCGGAGAGGAUAAGUGGUCUUUGGAUCCGCGGGUGGAGUUGGUGACUCAGGGUCAGCUGGAGUACAGUCUGAGGAUACAGAAGGUGGAUGUUUUUGACGAGGGGUCGUACACCUGCUCAAUCCAAACCAAACAACAACCCAAGACCUCGCAGGUUUAUCUUAUCGUUCAAGUUCCUCCAACCAUCUACAGGGUUUCUGAGGACAUCACUGUGAAUGAAGGCAGUAAUGUGACGCUGACUUGUUUAGCCAAUGGGAGGCCGGAUCCAUCCAUCACCUGGAGACUGCUUAACCCAUCAGCUGAGGCUCUGGACGUUGGGGAAUAUCUGGAGAUUUCUGGAAUGGUGAGGUCUCAGGCUGGACGUUAUGAAUGUAAAGCCAGUAAUGAUGUUUCCACACCGGACGUCAAAUAUGUCAAUGUGAUUGUCAACUAUCCACCGUAUAUAAAGGAUGCACGGAGCUCGGAGACUCCGGUCGGACAGUCGGGAAUUCUGCACUGUGAGGCGUCGGCCAUUCCUCAGCCUGAGUUUGAGUGGUACAGAGACGAUCGCAGAUUGUCCAGUUCUCAGAGUCUUAACAUUCAGAUCAGUGGAUCCCGGACGCUGCUGGUCGUCGCAAACGUUACAGAGGAGGAUUAUGGGAACUACACGUGUGUCGCUACCAACAGAUUGGGCAUCCACAACGCCAGUCUGUUUCUUUAUAAACCUGGUACUGGGCGGGACAUCAAUGGAUCUGACUGCAUGUGUCAAUCAUUCUGGCUCCUCCUCCUGUGUGUGUGUUUUGCUGUAUUGAAGUGUUAAUGUUCAGCGCAGACACUCGAUCAAACGUCUCAGACUGUUUCCGUUCGUUCAUCCAUGUGUCCAUCCUCGCUCACCGUUACCCAGCAGGACGACUGACUCGACUAUCAGGACAAAUCUGACACGUGUGUUUAUGAACUGAAUCUUCUUACUGUAAGUGGGUCAAAGGCUGACUGCAGUGACUCGUGUCUGUCUGGUUUCUGGAGGAAAUGUAAGUCAUUCAGCGCCUCCAUGUCAAUAACAACCGUCAAUCGUUUAAAAACGCUGAAAAUAGAUCUUUACGUCAUUCUCAAAACAAAGGUGUGAAAUAAGAAAACGGCGUAAAGAUGCAGUUCAUCAUCUGUCAGUGUUGCCGGGAGGGAAAAGACGUAAACACACAUUCACAUCAGUAUUACCACACGGUAGAUGCCAUUAUUGGUUUAUUUAGUGUUAAAUCUUUGGUUGUGAAUCUGAAUGUUUUAACAGUAUUAGCUUCACACACGGCUGAUACAUCAUAAUAAAUGCAUUAAGUGCAGAAGCCCACAUGACACGGGAAUGUGUUGUGUUUAUAUCUCAGCAAACACUCGUCUUCUUCUCAUCUUAGUCACACAUGCCUGUGCUUUUAUGAUAAAUAUUCUACAGUUUCAAAGAGGUAAAAUAACUAAACCAAUUAAAAACCCUCCCUUCACAUCACAAACCAAUCCCAUAACACAGCCCAGACACUGAACGAUGAGGUCACUAAUCACUGAACGAUGAGGUCACUACUCACAGAACGAUGAGGUCACUACUCACUGAACGAUGAGGUCACUACUCACUGAACGAUGAGGUCACUACUCACAGAACGAUGAGGUCACUACUCACUGAACGAUGAGGUCACUACUCACUGAACGAUGAGGUCACUACUCACGGAAUGAUGAGGUCACUACUCACUGAAUGAUGAGGUCACUACUCACUGAACGAUGAGGUCAUAUUCUAAGUAUGGUUCACUGUACAUUGGCAAUUGCAUCACUUCAGCUCAGAUAUUAACCUCAACAUUUCAUAAUCAAUCAAGCAGUGGGAUAUUUAUUGAAUUGUAAUCUUAACUCCUCUGAAUCUGACCAAAUAACACCACACAGUUUUCUCAUAAACGUAUAUUAACCCAAACCUCUGAAAGCCCACAGCAGAUCUUCCUCUGUGAAAUGACACCAAUGAAUGAUCUCCUUCACUUCUGUUCUCUGUAAAUAUAUCUGGCUUUUAUUUUUGUCAAAUGCCCUCAUGUGUAAAUGAAAUUUAAACCUAACUUUGGGUUCUUCAUAGUAAACAUAUAGUUAGUUAUUUACUUCCUGUAAAAAAUUGAGAUUAGGAACAUCAAGUUUUUAAUAUAAGUAAUUUACACGAUGUUUAAGAAUCUCAGUGGACAGAUUUUCAUUUGAAUCUUCUGCACUAUAGAGACUGAGAGUUUCUUUUAUGGUUAGCUAUAAUGAAUGAUAAUUGUACAGAAAUGAGACUUACUGCCAAAACAAUAUAGCCCAUCCAUCCACACACACAUCUUUCUUUUACUUUAUUGUUUGGCACACAUCAGGUGCGUCUUUUUCAACCAAUCAGCUUUCAGCGCGUGAGAUCCGAUGCCUUGAUUGGUCUGAUGUGUGUUUGCGUCAGGUCAGGAUUUAAAGGGCUAGUCGUGCGUCUUCUGUACCGCAGAGAAGCUCAGAUCUGCCCUCAACACAAACAUUUGGGUUUUAUUUCGUCUCUGAGCUCCACGUGAAGAUCUCGCUGCAGUGUCUCUCUGUGGGUUUAAUAAAACACUGAAGUGAAGAUCGGUCAACUUUAAUUUGAAAACAUGUGUUGUGUGUUAAGUGAAUGUGUUUUUGUCUAUAUGCUCUGAAACACGCCAGGCUUUCAUGACGAAAGUUUUACAUCCUCAUUAAAAGCAAUGAACAUUUUCUAAUUGUGUUUAUUUACUCUAAAGUUAUCGCAGAGGAUUUUUAAACGCUUCUGCGCUGUCAAGCACUCAAGACUUGUUUAAAAUGGAAAUAAAGUCAUUUGAAUGAAUUAAUGUAUUUGAUUCCUGGAGAGAAAACAAUGAUUCUGAAUUGUGUUAAUCAUGUAAUAACAUGCAAAUAAAGAAAUAUAAAGAUU